AUGGUCGGACGACGCCCACGCGCUAUCAACUGGGCCGCCGAGGACCACAAGAGCUGGCCUGCCAUUCCGCGACAACGACGCCCUCCAGCCCACUGGUACCGAGACGACGAUGAAGAAGCCGCCCUCCCUCCCCAUGGAGAGACACCCAACACCCGACACACCGACCGAGCGAGGAUAACAAGAGACACGGGCUUCAAAGAUGAAGCAGCACUGCUGGCCGCCGAGCAUCGGCGCGACGACCUCAAGCGUAGGGUCCUUGAUGGCAUGCGGGGGUUCGACCUUGAAAAGAUGGAUAAAAGGUGUCGCCGGUCGGACGACGAGCUGAAGAGGAUAAAGAACAAGAAGAUACGAAGUUUUUACGAGGCCCAAAAUGAUACACUGGAUGCGUGGCUGGAAGUGGAUGCCCUGGUCUACGCCGUCGCCGACGACGUCAUUGACAGCAUGAACCCGGACGCUGACGGCGAUGGAAUACCCGAACGACGGAUGCCCCUCCAAGACUCCCGCGGCGCCAUUGAUUGCUUUCUACCACCCGAACACCGCGAGAAGCGUGCCCGAGACGAGAAGCACGCCCGCUGGGCCAUCAACAUCAACCUCUUGGCCAACAUCUUCAUGCUGGCUGCGAAGCUGAUCAGCUUGAAGUUCAGUCCGUCUCUUUCACUGGCAGCAAGUACUGCAGACUCGGCGCUCGAUCUCUUCUGUACGCUUAUAGUCUAUGGCACCAACCGCGUCGUUGCCUGGCGUCUCCAGGCCCUGCAGGUGAAGUAUCCCGUGGGACGACGUCGUCUGGAGCCAAUUGGGAUUCUGGUCUUCAGUGUCAUCAUGGUCGUCUCAUUCGUUCAAAUCUUGCAAGAAUCUGUCACCAAGCUGCUGCCUGGCGGUGAUAGAGAUGUUGCUCCCCUCCCAGCUGUGGCCAUCGCAGCCAUGGCGGCCAAUGCAAUCAUCAAAGGCCUGAUCGGGUUUGCAUGUCGACACGUCAAGACAACUCAAGUUCAGGCACUGGUUCAGGACUGCAAGACGGAUGUCUACUUCAACAUUGCCUCGUUGCUCUUCCCGCUCGUGGGAGUGCAUGCUCAUAUCUGGUGGCUUGAUCCCGCGGGCGCUUCGCUCUUGGCGCUGUAUGUGAUCGUUGACUGGGCAGAGACGUGUAUGGGCAACAUCAGCAGGUUGACGGGAAGCAAUGUGGGCGAUGCGCUGCAGAAGAAGCUGAUGUAUCUCGCCUUUCGGUUUUCGCCCGUCGUGGAGGGGUUCAAAUCGCUCACGGCCUACCAUGCAGGGGAUGGAGUCUGGGUCGAGCUGGACAUUUUGCUGGAUGAAAACACGCCACUGCCUACGGCUCACGAUAUCGCCGAAACGUUGCAGUAUUGCUAUGAGGGGUUGCAAGAGGUCGACAGGGCGUUUGUGACGGUGGACUACUCUACGUUUGGCCCGACCGGCCACGCAGCAAUGUGA